AUGGAGCGGCGGAACAAAGCAAGAAGCGGAAGAAACCAUGGAAAGUCACCGGCGGCAGAGGGAAUCAGAAGACAAUCUGGUGUUGGAAGCAGAUACAAGGAGGAAGCCAUUGACGAGCCCUCUGUCAAUAUUAAUAACUCCUGCCUUGACCAAUAUUCGAGCCCGAGAGAUUACCUCCUUUUCCAGGAUUAUGUCUUUUACGAUCGCCAAAUAUGUACGAGGUACGUGACAUUUGAUCGCUUUAAGGAAGGAAUGACAACAAAAUUAGACGGUAGCAUUGUAAUUUCAUGGUGGAGCAAUGUGACUCGAACCAGGAUAGCUCACGGCGGUGAUCUAGCCUGCUUCGUAAACGGAGACGAUCAGAUUCACUUGUGCAAUCCUCAGACCGGAGAGGUUCGCACCUUGCCAGAAACCUUCAAAUACAAUGCAAAAUCCAAGAACAUCGGGUUGGUGUUUGGUUACAUAUCAUCCAAGAAACAAUACGUAGUGGUAACUAUGGGAACAGGGGAAACAGGGGAUCAAGCGAAGUUGCGAGCUAAUAAAUUCUGCUUUGAUCGUACUGAUGAAGAUGGUAUUGACUCGGGAUCUUGGAAACAGAUCGAAGAAUAUUGUCCAUGUAAUUUGCGGGGUUGCGAAAGCGGCAUUUUGGUCGGAAAUUAUGCUUAUUGGAUGUCUUCUUCUUCCUCUUUACGUGGGGAGAAUGCACAGAUUGUUGCCUUGGAUCUUGAGGGUGACAAGUUUAAGGUCAUUGAUUGUCCCAAGAUUUCGGUUGGGAUUCACAAAGGGACUUAUGUGAUUGAUCUCAAAGGAAAAAUGUACUUGGCUCGAACGUUAUGGUACGAUGAGGAAUCCUGCGGUGUGGUACAAUUGUGGACUAAUGAUAAUUUGAUGGACUUGUUGAGUGAUUCUUCUGGCUGGGUGAAAGAGUUUGAAAUCAAAGUAGACUUCCAAAUCUCGUCAAUAGAGCCUAAUUCUUCCACCCAGGGAGAGUUGAUUGUGACUUCAUGGCCAUCCAGGACUUACCACCUCCUUAAUCCCUACGAAAAUACUUGUGUUGAUAUGAUGACGACAGGCGGCAACUUUAAAGGUCAAGUUGUGGGAUUCUAUGGGAGGAGUGCUUUCUCAUUGGGGAAGAUCCAAAAACACCCACUUAAUGGAUUACGACCUGAUGAUACUUAG